CAAUCAGCUUACAAAUUAAACCAGUGUGGCUUGUGUUCCCCUCCUUUUUGACAUAUAUAUGCAAAGAAAAAAAGUGUCUCUCUCUCUCCCUUUUCUUUCAACCUCAUGUCCUUUUAUAAAGCUGAAGAGUGUCUUGUCCUUGGGACCGAAUACUCGUUGAACGAUAACUAUACUUCAUUCAUAUCCGAUAUUCAAAAGGGCGAAUAUGCAAAAAUAAUAAAAAACAGCAUCCUAUUCCAAAAUGCUCAAGGCAGCACCGUUAAUGACAUUCAACAAUGGGUCAAUGACAAGCUUUUAACUUUAAAUAUUCAAGACGAAUCUGUGCGAUUUCAAGUAUUGGUCACUGGUAUUGCUUGUCUCAACACGUUUGUACAAAUCAAUUGGACAGGUCCCAUACCUUCCUUUACCAUUUCUGAGCUAUUCUGCAGCCAAAAGGAUGAACAGCUUGAAGCAGAGAUACAUAAGGCAUGUCUUCAGUCCCUUUCAGUUGACAGUGAAGAAGUAUAUCAUCUGACUCAGCAACUUGGACUAUUGGCCGUUGCUCGUGUGUUACUUUCAAACGUAUGUCAAGAUACCUUGACUGGCUCUCUGUGGUCCAUGCGCGCUGCCUUUAUUCAACAACAGCUCCUGGAUGAACACACGGGUACACUUCAAGCCGAGUUAUCAAUGCUGGAAAACAAAAGCGCCAAAGCGAUUGAAGACUAUAAAGAGUCUAGUGGUGCUCUCAAAGUGCGUCAGCAGUUGGAAGCAGGCUUGAUUCACAAUUAUUACGGUCAGGAUAAGGAAGCCUUGCAACGAAUGGAGUCAGCACAAAAGGAAUCCGGCUUUGUCUGGUCCCUGACAGGUGCCUUGGGUCGUCGUACAAAAUUUCAGACAUUUGACGUCUCUCAACUGGUUGUUUUAGCUGAAAGCAAAAGAGAAGAAAAGGUAGACGAGGAUGCAGCCAAGCCAGAGACAUUGGACCUAAAUGAUGAUACUAUUUUGGAAAAAAUCAACUUUGCAGAAAAUGAGCAGAACAAGAAAGAAAGUGAUCAGCGUCAUGGUAACUUGAACAUCAUCGACCAAUGUCUCUUACUUGCAUUUUGCUUAAACGUCAAAAAUACCAACCCUGAUCAUGGUAUCACGACCGAACAGAUGGUUCCUUACGUUACCCGUGUGCUUGAGAAUGCUAAUAACUGGAUGGUACAUACCAUGGGUCUCCUGCUGCGUUCUCGUCUAGAAUCCAACAAGGGCCGUACAGUCGAGCGUUCUGCCCUUCAGCUACAGGCGCUCGUUGAUCAAAUCAAGGUAGAAGACUCCAAGGUGGAAGAACGACUGGCUUACUUUUACGACUUGCUGUUGCCUAGUAAAUGGGAAAUGGAACGUGAACUGGCCCGUCGUUUUGUCUCAUUAGGUGUUCUUCGCUCAGCCGUUGAAAUCUUUGAAAGACUUGAGAUGUGGGAGGAUGUGAUUUCGUGCUAUCAAAUGAUGGAACAACCACAAAAGGCAAAGAGUGUAUUAGAGCGACUUAUGAAGGAAAAUCCUAACUCGCCCAAGUACUGGUGUAUCCUUGGUGACCUCGAACUUGAACCAGCUCAUUGGAAAAAAUCAUGGGAGAUUUCCAAUCAUCGCUAUGCCCGUGCCAUGCGUAGCUUAGGCUCCUAUGAAUUCAAGCAACAAAACUAUGAAGCCGCGAUCGAGUACUAUCAAAAGGCACUUGAGAUCAAUCCACUCUUUGAAGGUUCCUGGUACAUCCUUGGCUGUGCCUCUAUGGUGGUCGAAAAGUGGGACGUUGGUAUCCGUGCCUUUCAUCGUGUGACUCUUUUGGACGACGAAAAUGCAGAGGCAUGGAACAACUUGGCAAGCAUCUACGUCAAGACGGAUAAAAAGCCAGACGCCUUUUUGGCGCUGAAGCGCGCUACCAAAAUCAAGUUUGACGAUUGGAGAAUGUGGCAAAACUUGUUGUUUGUCUCGAUUGAUAUUGGCCAAUUUGCAGAUGCCAUCUACGCCAUGCAGCGUGUGGUUGAACUUCGAUGGGAUAAGGUACGUGAUGGUGCUGUUGAUGUCGGUGUACUUCGUAUGAUUGUCGAAAACGUUGUCCAAAACUGGAAAGACCCUCAUGAUAGAGAUGGUGCGCGUUUGUCGGUCCAUGUUCAGCGCCUACUGGAGGACGUUAUCUUGAGCAGGAUUACAAACUCACCGGAUAUUUGGAUGAUCUGUGCCAAAUUUUACUUAUGGCAAAAACGGUAUACGGACGCUCUUGACACCUCUGUGAAGGCCUACCGCUCUGUCAUGCAUGAUCCUCGCAUUGAAACUGAAGAAAGUGUAUUUGAAGACGUUACAACGGUUGCACUUGAAACCGUAGACAUGUAUGAAAACCUAGGUGAUAAAACGCAAGAUGGUGCUCCUGUCUGUUCUGACUGGCGUUAUCAAGCUCGUCUUAUCCUCAAAGGCUUAAUGGGCAAAGUCAAGGAUAUAUUUGAAGAUACACCCUCUUAUGAGCGCUUAAAGGAACGCAUGGAUGACCUUAGAAAUGCAUAAUGUUUUCAAAGAAAUUGUAUUAUAGACAUAAUAAAAGUAUUUAUUUCUCCUCCAC